AUGCCUCGUUGUGCCCUCGUCACCGGCUGCAGCGCCGGCGGCAUCGGCUCAGCGCUCGUGGAGGAACUCCACGCCCACAGCUUCAAAGUGUACGCGACAGCCCGCUCCGCAGCCAAGAUGAGCCAUCUAGCCACGCUCCCCAAUGUGACUCUCAUCGCCCUCGACGUCGUCGAUCCGGCCAGCAUCGCCGCUGCCGUCGAGACCGUGCGUCAGGAUCUGGCCGCUCAUGGCAACUCGCUUGACCUCCUCAUCAACAACGCCGGCCAGUCAAUUGUCUAUCCCGCCCUCGACACCUCUCUGGAUGAGGCCAAGCGCCUCUUUGAUGUUAACCUCUGGGGAGUUAUUGCUGUCACCCAGGCCUGCACCCCAUUGCUCCUCGCUGCCAAGGAGGGCAGCACCCUUGUGAAUGUCUGCUCCAUCUCGGGCUUCUUGUAUGCCCCCUGGAUGAGUAUCUACAACGCCUCCAAGGCCGCUCUUAUGUCCUGGAGUGAGACUCUGCGACUGGAGCUGCAGCCCUUCAACAUCCGCGUUGUUUCCCUGGUCACCGGCUCCGUUGCCACGAAUGUCAUGUCGCAUGCCGAUCUGACCUUGCCCGACACGUCGCUGUAUCAGAAAGCGCUCCCGGAGAUACAAGCGAGAGGCCUCGGGAAGGAUGUCCAGAGUAAAAGCAUGCCUGCAGAUUUUGCCCGCGAGGUCGUCAAGGAUAUCUUGGGCAGGGCGACGGGGCCGGUGUGGCGUGGUACGAUGGCUGCUAUGGUGAAAUUUAUGUCGAUGUUCGUGCCGACAUUCAUCUUGGACCGGGCGAUGAGCAGCGGGACGGGGCUGGAUCGCCUGCCUUGA